UUUGAAUACUAAAUACCAUGUGAAACUUAGGAAUUGGGAGUUUUUGAAGUGAGUAUCUUUGGAAGACGUCAAAGAGUCUUUACUGCGAAAGCUGUCCUACCAGGUUGUGGCAGAUCCUUGCUUCGGAGAAGAGCUCGACAGCCCUAGGGGGGACCCCAACACCUCGAAUUAAAGCGCCCGUCCAUUGCAACAGGAAACGGACAGCUCCCCAGUCAAACUGUAGGAGUCGCUGCAGAGCAGCAGCUGAAACCCAGACGCCGAGAUGGGGAAGCAGAACAGCAAACUGCGCCCCGAGGUCAUGCAGGAUUUGCUGGAGAGCACGGACUUCACCGAGCACGAGAUCCAGGAGUGGUACAAGGGCUUCCUCAGGGACUGCCCCAGCGGGAACCUGUCCAUGGAGGAGUUUAAGAAAAUAUACGGGAACUUCUUCCCCUACGGGGACGCGUCCAAGUUCGCGGAGCACGUCUUCCGCACGUUUGACGCGAACGGAGACGGGACGAUCGACUUCAGAGAAUUCAUCAUCGCGCUCAGCGUCACCUCCCGGGGGAAGCUGGAGCAGAAACUGAAGUGGGCCUUCAGCAUGUACGACCUGGAUGGGAACGGCUACAUUAGCAAGUCGGAAAUGCUGGAAAUUGUUCAGGCAAUUUACAAGAUGGUCUCCUCGGUGAUGAAAAUGCCUGAGGAUGAGUCGACCCCUGAGAAGAGGACGGAGAAGAUCUUCAGGCAGAUGGAUACCAAUCGAGAUGGCAAGUUGUCAUUGGAGGAGUUCAUCAGAGGAGCCAAGAGUGAUCCCUCCAUAGUGCGUCUGCUGCAGUGCGACCCCAGCAGUGCCGGCCAGUUCUAGACACAAGGCAGAAGAUGGAUUUGCUUGUUUGGGUUAGCUUCCGGGCCUGUGUUGGGUUUUUGCCACCUCCCUGGAGGGAACUGAUGAAGAAAAACUACAAACAAGCACUGAAGACAAGAGCAUGGAGAGAGCAUAACCUGUCCUCACCUGCCGACUGCUGCGCAGGGAAUCCUUACUACUUUAGCUGAGAGAAAAAGACAAAGCUUUGUCCAGGUCAGAAGCAUUGGGUAAAAUACAAAAGCGCCAGAGUUUUAUUUUUACGUAAUAUUGGAAUGAAUUUGCUGUGUUGCAGUCAUUACGGUACAAUUACACAUUUGUGCAUGCGUAUAUGUGUGUGUGUGUGUAAAGAGAGAACGAAAAGAAAGAUAAUAGAUAUUUAUAUACAUGAUAUCGUAGACCUGUAUAUAAGUCUGUGUGAUGAUAUUAUUUACUACUUUGAAAGCAGUUCAUUUUAAGUAUUUAAAAAUUAAUUAUCAGUUGUGGUAAUUUCUGUUUCCAAUUACCAUAAACUUAAUGUACACCAGUAUAUUUGCAUUGUGCAGGACAUUUUGGAGUUAUGUCAACUAUUUUUAAAAAAAUAGUGGACCAUGCAUUUAACUAUGCAUCUGCUGUUGUACACUCUGUGUCUCAGGCAAGUAGUCUUACAGGUUAUCCUCUGAUGAAGACCACAUUAACCCCUACUGCUGUUGAUUUAACAAUUCUUUCUGGAAGUAACAUCAGGUGUUGCCAGCAAUGAAUCUGAUAUUUGUCUGCUUACAGAAGUAGAAUUGUGUGUAUAUACUGUGCUUUGAAUAAGGAUCAGGAUAGUCCUUGUCAUAAGGUGUAAAAAUGUUUAACUGUUUUUUUGUUUGCCAUUGAAUUAAAAUAACUACCACAAAAAUACCAUUAGUUACCAAGACACAAUUGUUUCACUUUAAUUUUUCUUUACUAAAGCACAAUGGUGCUAUUGUUAGAAAAGUGCAUAUUAACUUGCGUUAGGUGGGGUUUUCAUUAUCACUUCAGGUAUAAAUGCCACUGCGCAGGGUAGCACUUUGAUGUUAAAGCAGAGAUGGGCAAGCAUGAAUUUGUCAUGAACAUAUCUUAUAUCUUUUCAAACUAAACUAAACUUAAGCCUGAAGAUAAUUUCUUAAAUUAUUUUAGUUUCAGCUGUUUGAUGUGUUCUGAAUGGCACGCAUGCAAUUGGUUUUAAUAUAUAGUACGCUGUUUGUCAAUUAAACAAUUUGUAUACUUUAUAUGCAUACAUAUAUACACCAUACAUUUGAGAGUUAAGGAAAGAUUAAGGAAAAAUUGUUUUGGCAAGCAGAAAUAGACUUUGACGUUCAGAAAUGACACUUCAGACACCAAUAUAUGAAAGGCGAGGAACAAGAGCUUCAUGAACCAGUGAAAUUUCACAGUCAGUCCUCUUAACUCUUUAUGAAAGAGACUGGUUUGUCAGGAACACAGAAGUUUUUAGCUGUUUCCUUUCCUGGAAAAAAAAAUCUGGGAUGUAUCCCCUAUACUGGAUUUCACAGGUCCAGUCCUGGUUAUGUGAGGUACUGCUAUAGUCAGAAAAACUGAAUGUUUUCAGCCACUGCUGUUUUCUAACAAAGAGUAAAACCCAAAACAUAACAACUGCUGCAAUGACUUUUUUGCAUUUGUAUGCUUUUUUGCAAAUGGGGUAUCAAGCGUAAUAUUUCUGUAUUUAACACAAUCGCAUCAUGUGGUCAAGUGCCAAAAAUACAAACCAGUAUUGUAUAAAUUUAUACUGUAACAAUUGUUAUCUGUCGAACAAAAUGUUUGUAAUUGUUACAUUUUGUAGAUUUUGUAUGGUAAUCUGUUUUUUGUGACAUUGUAGUUUUUGAACAUAGGAAUUUCUUUUAUCCUAUAAACCAACAUUGAAACCUUCAAA